AUGGACCCCCUAGAGGACAAUGCUACACCUAAAGAGGAAAGUGAUGUGGUCAACAUCAGCAUCAGUGAUGUUCAGAAGGAUGCAGAGGCCAGUAUGAAUAAACAGAGUCUGGAGGAAACACGGGGAGUGAAAUGUGACAGUGAAGGGCUGAUACUGACUGAACCAGAGAAGUCACACCAAGAUGGGCGUGUUUGCCAUGUCCUGAGAUACAGCUCCACAGCACAAAGUCCUGCAGGAGAUGUUGAUCAAACAGACCCACUACCUGAACUCUGUUCCUCUCUCCAAGAGGAGAGUGAUGAGGUCAGCCUCAGCAGCAGUGAUGUUCAGGAGGAUGGAGAGGACAGUGAUAAUAUAGAGGGUCUGGAGAAAACACAGGGAGCUGAGUGUGACAGUGAAGGGCUGAUACGGAUCUCCAAAAGUAAAAGCACUGACAGGGACAAAGGGGAUUAUACCUGCUCAACCUGCGGAAAAGCGUUCAACUGCAGUUCUAGCUUAUGUAGACACAGGAAGUUGCACACAGGAGAGAAGCCACACGUCUGCCAUCUGUGUGGAGUAAGCUUCUCCCGCAAAUACCACCUUGACAGGCACAUGCAGAUUCACACUGGCAAGGUGAAAAUUCGCAGCAGAAGGGACAGAGAGCGAAGCUAUUCGUGUGACUUGUGUGAGAAGAGCUUCUAUCACAUCGAUACGUUGCAGGAGCAUCGAAAAAGGCAUUCGGAGUUCCGGCCCUUCAAGUGUGACCAGUGCAACAAGGACUUCAAAGUUAACUCAGACUUCCUGAAACACCAACAGACGCACACGGGUUUGAAGCCACACUCAGAGCUGACCAUAGACGAGUAUGAGCCUUCAGAACUUGCCAGAUGGUUUAUGGACCCCCUAGAGGACAAUGCUACACCUAAAGAGGAAAGUGAUGUGGUUAAUAUCAGCAUCAGUGAUGUUCAGAAGGAUGCAGAGGCCAGUAUGAAUAAACAGAGUCUGGAGGAAACACAGGGAGUGAAGUGUGACAGUGAAGGGCUGAUACUGACUGAACCAGAGACGUCACACCAAGAUGGACGUGUUUGCCAUGUCCUGAGAUACAGCUCCACAGCACAAAGUCCUGCAGGAGAAGCUGAUGCAACAGACUCACUACCUGAACUCUGUUCCUCUCUCCAAGAGGAGAGUGAUGAGGUCAGCCUCAGCAGCAGUGAUGUUCAGGAGGAUGGAGAGGACAGUGAUAAUAUAGAGGGUCUGGAGGAAACACAGGGAGCUAAGUGUGAUGCCGAAGUGUCGAUACCCAAGAAGUCACACCAAGAUGGACGUGUUUGCCAUGUCCUGAGAUACAGAAAACCCGAUGAACCAACAGGGACACUCGCCAAAGGCUCCAGACAUCUCAGCACAUCUGAGAAAAGAAAACUCUAUGAGAAGGGAUCUUUCCCUUGCCCCACCUGUGGAAAAGUGUUCACAUGGAACAGCAACUUGGCCAAGCAUAAACUCCUGCACACGGGAGAGAGGCCUUAUGUGUGCCGUCUGUGUGGAAAGGCGUUCUUUCGCUCGGACCACCUCAGCAUACAUAUGAGAAUCCACGACCUCGCAACAGGAGAGAAGAAGAGCGCCGCAAAGGUGCACACGUGCAGCAAGUGUGGGAAGAGCUUUUCUAGAUUUGAUACGCUACGAAGUCACCUGAGAAGGCACGAGGAGGAGAGGCCCUUCACCUGCGACAUCUGCCACAAGAGCUUUAAAGUGCAACACGACCUCAUGUGUCAUCAGAGGAUCCAUUCAGACUACCACCUUGUGGCCAAGAAUGGAAGCAGGAAUGGAGGUCCAUUGGACUCGGUGCAGGCCAGAUCCGUGACAGGCUAG